AUGCGUGGAUUCAUUGCUGCUACUCUCUUCACCGCCGCCAUUGCGGCCCCCAGCUACGGCCAGCCCAGCUACGGCUCUGGUUACAGCACUGGCGAGGAGUCCUCCGCCCCUGCUGUCUCCUACCCGGCUGAGACCCCCACCCCUGAGGUGCCCAGCUACCCGGUCUCUACCCCCGAGGCUGCUUCCUCUACCGCCUACGUGCCUGAGGUGCCCUCGGAGACUCCUGAGGUCCCUGGCUACGGUACUCCUUCUUCCUCCGCCUACGUGCCGGAAGUCCCCUCUUCGUCCGCCUACGUCCCGAUGCCUUCUUCGUCCGCCUACGAGGUUCCCUCUUCGUCCGCCUACGUGCCCGAAGUGCCCUCCUCGUCUGCCUACGAGGUCCCGUCGUCGGUCCCGGCUGUCCCUGAGACUUCGGCGUACCCCACCAUGCCGGUGCCCGCUCCCAGCAGUGAGUGCACAACUCAGACCACCGUCACUGUGACCCUUCCUUACGAGACUCCCUCAGGCACCCCCGCUGUCCCUGUUGUCCCCAGCGGUACUGCUCCCGGUUACCCCGUAGCUCCCGUCCCAACUGGCUCGUCGCCUUCUUCGGCCCCGUACCCCGUUGCCCCGGCUCCCUACCCUCGGCGCCCGCUGGAACCCACCACUACUGAUUAUUUCACCGGUGCUGCUUCCGUCAACACCGUUGGCUUCGUUGCUGGUGUUGGUGCUUUCGCUGCUUUCUUCUUGUAA